AUGUCCGGCAUGCCCAGCGGACCAGGAGGACGGUCAACAACGAUGCAGCAGGGAGGCGGCGGCCUCCAGUCGCAUGGAACCAUCCGGAGAGGAGGCACGCUCAACCGUGGCAAGACGCUCUCUCGCCCCGAUCGAUUCCAGACACCAGAGACCAUGUUUAAGAAGCGUAAAGAGGACGAACCCGCCUCUUGUUGGGUAAUCUGUUCCAGGAUCACCACCUGCUGGGCUUUGCCUCCUUUCCUGAGGAUGUGCGGUAUGCCCGACAAGCAGGUUCAGCAAGCUUGGAGAGAGAAGGUCACCCUCUGUUUCAUUAUUCUGCUGAUCGGAGGGAUGGUUGCCUUCUUGACUGUCGGCUUUUCCUUCUUGCUCUGUCCCACGGACCAGAGACAGGGUGCGCAGACCUUUGUUCGUUAUGGCGAUGGGCUUUCUCAAGCUCGCUUCGGUAUCCACGGAAACAUCUACGACUUCAGUCUUCCAGGAACGUUGUUCCCCACGGGAUUCCAUAUCGAUGAUCUUACACCGGGUCAGGACAUCAGUAACCUCUUCCGCCGUACCGUAAACACCCCCAGCUGCGUCAAACUCACCAGCGCCGCCGCCAGAUUCGACAACUGUCUGGCCCCCGGAGGAUGCGAAAACAACUUUACAGUCAACCGCGACACCUUGCUCAAAGAGUACAACCUCCGCCCCUCCCAGAACCUCAAGGCAGGAUACGAUUGGGGUCAGAUGGCGAUGCCCGAGUUGGUCAACUAUAUGGUCAUUGAUGGAAACGUCCUGAACCUGGACAAGUACUUUGCGAUGUACAAGAACCCAAUCGCCGACGACGAGCUGGAUACGGUCUUGAGGAACGUUCGGGACGCGCCUCAGCCUGAGGGUGGACGUGAUGCGACAAAGGUGUUCUUUCGACGGGAAUCGCUCAAAGAGUCGGCGUCGUGUUUGGUCGAGAAGUUUGGAGCUGGAUAUAUCGACAAGGCGACUCCGGGUUGUUUUGCAUCGGAUUUGUUCAUGUUUGUCUCGUUGACGGUUGUGUUGGGCAUUGUGAUGUCUCGUUUUGCGAUGGCGAUUAUCUUUGACUGGUUCCUGUCUGCCAAGCUGGCCAAGCCCCCAUCCAAGUCCAAGAUUCAGACCUUGGCAUCCGCCUCGUCUUCUGCAACGACGAUCGCCAACAGCAACCCCAACGGCAAAAACUUGAACGGGAACAACGGUGCUUUGGCACGCGCACCUAGUGGCCCCGACAACGCCUCGAUUCAGGAUUUGCACACUUGUCUCUUAGUCACCUGUUACUCCGAGGGCGAGUCCUCGCUCCGAACCACCAUCGAGUCCUUGGCUGCGACCGAGUAUCCCGACAACAAGAAGCUGCUGUUUAUUAUCUGUGACGGAAUCAUUACAGGAUCAGGAAACGACCGUUCAACACCCGACAUCUGCUCCAGUCUCAUGGAACUUGACCCAACCUUUGAUUCCGAUCCCACCCCACAGUCCUAUAUCGCCGUCGCCGCCGGAUCAAAGCAACACAACCGGGCCAAGGUCUAUGCAGGUUAUUUCCGGUGGAAGAACCGUCGUGUCCCCACUGUCCUUGUUGUCAAGUGCGGAAACGAGGAAGAGCACGAGAAGCCCAAGGCUGGAAACCGAGGCAAGCGCGACUCGCAGUUGAUCUUGAUGAACUUCUUCUCGCGCGUCACCUAUAACGACCGGAUGACGCCUCUCGACUAUGAACUCUUCCGCAAGAUCCAGCAUCUGAUGCAGGUCACACCCGACAAGUUUGAGAUUGUCCUCAUGGUCGAUGCCGAUACCAAGGUCUACCCGUCUUCGGUCCGUCUGUUGAUGAACUGUUUGAACAACGAUCCCAUGAUUAUGGGCCUCUGCGGCGAGACCAAGAUUGCGAACAAGCGUCAGUCCUGGGUCACGGCGAUCCAGGUCUUUGAGUACUACAUCUCUCACCAUCUCGGAAAGGGGUUCGAGUCUGUCUUUGGAGGUGUGACCUGUUUGCCUGGAUGCUUCUGUAUGUACCGCCUCAAGGCCCGCAAGGGCGACGACUGGGUCCCCAUCAUCACUAAACCCGAAAUCGUCCAGGAAUACUCCCAGAACAUUGUCGAAACUCUCCACCAAAAGAACUUGCUCCUUCUCGGAGAGGAUCGUUUCCUGACCACGUUGAUGCUCCGUAACUUCCCCAACCGCAAGAUGAUGUUCAUGCCCCAGGCUAUCUGCAAGACCGUCGUCCCCGACGAGUUCAACGUCCUCCUCUCCCAACGUCGUCGCUGGAUCAACUCUACAAUCCACAAUCUCCUCGAACUGGUCCUGGUCCGCAACCUCUGUGGAACUUUCUGUUUCUCAAUGCAGUUCGUCAUCCUCAUGGAACUCAUCGGUACCAUCGUCCUCCCCGUCGCCAUGAUCCUUACCGUCGUCUUGAUUGUCAACCUCUCCCUCGUACAAAUCGACAGCCUUGCCCGAGCCGCACCUCUGAUCCUCCUCGUUUUUGUCCUCACCAUGCCCGCCAUCUUGAUCCUCCUCACCACCCGGAAACUGAUCUACAUCGCCUGGAUGCUUGUCUACCUUAUGGCCCUCCCCGUUUGGAACUUCAUCCUCCCCCUCUACGCCUACUGGCACUUUGACGACUUCUCCUGGGGAGAGACCCGUAAGGUCGACGGAGAGGCCAAGGGCGAAGCCCACGGCAACGCCGACGGCACGUUUGAUUCCUCAAAGGUACCUCUGAAGCGCUGGGAUGAUUACGAAAAGGCCCGUGUCCGUCAAGUCAAGCGUAUCGAACGUGCCGAACGUCAACGUAUCCAAGGAAGCUCCCCUUUCCUCCGCGCCCAGACGGGCACUCCCACAAGCAUGUACAUCGACGGCGGGGACUCCAAAUCGGAACUCGCCUCUGGCGAGUUCUUGGGACCGCAGCAGUACCACUAUGACUACAACGGUCGUCAAACCAUGAACCCUCCUCUAGCCGGUAACCCUCCUCGUCCCAUGAUGAUGGGCCCCCCAGGAUCGGGUGGACCUCUUCCUCCUCCUGGCUCGAACGGAGGGCCUCAGAGACAUAUGUCACAGAUGUCACAGAUGUCACAGCAUCAGCGGCCCAUGACCAACAACUGGGGACCAGGACCUCAACAACAGCAACAAAUGCAACACAUGCAACAACCGCCAUUCCCAAUGCACGGACUCGGUUCGCCCGGUGGACCCAUGAGUCCUCCUCCACCAGGCACACCCGGCAUGGGCCCUAUGCCUCCGUCUCCCUUGGGUCACCAGCAUCAGCAACAGCAAGGACAACCUCCAGUCCUUCAGGGUGGCAUGCGAAGGAUCCGUUCUGAGAACCCCAUGUCUCCUUAA